GACGGUAUAAUAUCAGUGAAAUCUUGUCACAUUUUUGUGCAGUGUAGGUUUACAUAUAUCUAGCAUUUUUAUGCUCCGUGUAUCAAAGAGGUUUAAUUGUUACCUACUCCUCUAAACUCUCUUACAUUCAAGAAGAUUCACAUCAUCGUGUAUUUUUUUUUUUUUUUUUUACAAACGUGUCACUCCAAAGAGAUGUUACGACCCAUACAUUCAACCAUAUAACGCAUCUCUUUGCCAACCAAAAUUCCCUUCAUUGACUGACAUCUCAUCCUUGUCCAUUGGUGCCAGGAGCCCAUGACAACGAUCUAGCUCAAAUCUUAUAUCAACAUCAUACACUUCUCCUAAUCGCGUUCUUUUUGUUUUAGCAUCAUUCACAAAUGCCAAACUCCUAUCAAUACAAAAUAUAUGCUAUUGGCAUUCACCAUAUUUUGUUAUUAAACAUCAUCUCACAAUAUCUAUAUUAUCUCUCGGAUUUCAGCCACAAUAUGACUACUUAUUUCGCUUGAUUAUGUAAUGAUAUAUUUCACUAUGAAUAUAUUUUACAACGAUUUUAAUUCAAGUACUUCCUUCGAUUUGAUACACCUGGUUUAUAAUAAAACUUUCACCUUCAUCGGAAUUUUAAUUGGAGGACUCAAACUGGUAGAUUAGAAGGAUUUGAGCACCGAAGCGUCAAUUUGUCGAGGAUCUAUUGUCGUUUUCGAGACCAGGCUUGAAAAUAAGUUACAAAUGAAAAAGGGAAACGUGAAAAUCGAAAAAACGAGGAAAGCGAAGAUCGGGAUCAGCACGCUCAGUCCUAUUUCUGCUCGCCGGAACUCUUCCUAUCGCCGCCACUACUGCCGGUCAUUCUUCACCACGUACUGAGAGAAAGAAAAGAGGAAGGAAGGGAGGAGAGCUAGAUGACGGCCUAAGAACAAGAAUACAAGAGAGAAGCAGCUGGGCGCGGAGAUAUAAGAGGAAGGGAGAAAGAGAGAGAGAGAGACAGCCGCGCCGGAGAGAGGUGUUCCAGGCAACAGGUGCUGCUCUUCCAGCUAUAAAUCCCUCAUCCUUAGGUAAUGUUUCAAUUCCAGCCUUCAAUGAGCUCUCCCUCCCACUUGAACUGAAUGGUAGUAUAUGAGAUCGGAAUAGUUAGGAUCAGAAUGCGCUGUCUGCUGGUUCCGUGUGGAUCUUUCCUGCGGAAUUGAGAUAUCUAUGCGAGAUUUAUCGCCACUUCCUUGAUGAAUUUACGCUCUAUUCUUAUGCGGUGAUGCUUGAUUGUUGGAGAACUUGUAGCAGGUUGUUGAUUCUGUUGCUAGCUUGGUUAUACACUGAAUGGUAUCCCAGCUCAAUGUGAAUGUGACCGACAUUGAUGGUCUUUUCAUGGUUUCAGUUGUACUCUGUGGUGGCUGUCUGGUUGAAAAGCCUGGUCUUGUUGUUUCUACAGGACACUGCUGAGGAAAAUCUGACUUGAUGAUGGUUUGGUGAUAGAUAUACCCCUGGAGAAAAUGAAUGGCCAAAGGGGUUAUGUACCACCGAACUAUAUUCCACUGGGACAAUCAGAUUCUGAACCAGAGCACGUUUCACCAGCCAAGGAAGAAAGUCGUGCUCCUCGUUCUCAAUUCGUGGGUGGUGAACCGGCACAGUGGUCAUCUGGAAUCUGUGCCUGCUGUGAUGAUACGCCGAGCUGUUUGAUUGGCUGUUUAUGCCCGUGCUACUUGUUUGCCAAGAACGCAGAGUUCUUGGGAUCCGGAACACUGGUCGGAUCAUGUGUGACCCACUUCAUUCUCUGGUCGCUCGUCAACACCAUUUGUUGCUGCAUGACAGACGGCAUCUUAUUGGGAAUCCCUGGAUGUUUCGUUGCUUGUUACACUUGUUCCUAUCGCAGAACUCUCCGUGAGAAGUACAAACUCGAGGAAGCCCCCUGCAAUGAUUUCAUCACCCACUUCUUCUGCCAUUUGUGUGCUAACUGCCAAGAGUACCGAGAGAUUCGAGAAAGGUCCGGCAACUCUAACCCACAUGACCUCGGUGGAGCUGCAGUAGCUGUCUCUGCUCCACCUGCGCAGGUAAUGGAGGCAGGUCUGACGGAGUAGCUUUGGUUGUUGUUGCUGUUAUAGUUAUUGUAUAGAGAAGCUCCCGUGCUGUGCAGGUGACUACUUCCUUUUGCUCUCAUGUAUCACAAAGAAAAACUCUUGUUGUUGUUGUAUGUUUGUCUCCUGGAAAAAAGGUCUUAUUUGAAUGAAUGUUGCCAUAUAGUAGUAGUCUCUCGCUCGCUCCGGUGGUUAGCUCUUGUGACUUGGAGGUUUGGCUAGUUAAUUUAAUGGAGCUUUAAUAGUUAAUCUACUGCGAAAUGAAGACGCUAUCCUCAGUGCAAAGGAUGGUCUGCAAAUGGGAAGAAGAUAUACGAAGAGCAUGCUGUUGGAAUUGGACAAUGGCUGUGGUGUGUACUGACUACUGAGCCAGGUUAUAGUUGUCUUUGUACUGUAUAUUUUAGAAGAGCACAGGCGACUUGAGAUUCUGUGGAUGCAUGAAAUUUGAGAUAUUUGGUCUAUUUCUCAGUGGGAUGGCAUCUUUGUUUGAAGUAGAGAUUGCCAUUUUCUCCGCUUCCAUCCUUCUCGUGUUGACAUUUUUUUCCCUCGCAAUGAAGGUGAAUUCUUUACAUAGAUGCUGAAUUCAAUCUCAUAUGAAACCAACAUUCCAAAUCAAUGGUUGUUGAUACACUACUAAGGUAGGUAACAUUGUCUUAUUAGGUCACACAUUGUGGCUCAAAAUUAUAUUAGACGAGACUUCAUGAAGAUUAGUUGAGUUCAAACUAUGUCCUCAUUGAAGUGUGACCCUGUAUCAUUGACAUAAAUCGAUGCAUUGUGACUUGAGAUUGUUAAUGAGUCUAGUUUUGUCUUGUUCAGAUUGAGUUCGUUUAUAAAUGAGUUGAAUCGAGUAGAGUUAGAAUCGCCUCAUUACACUUGCUCGUCAAUAAGAUCAUGAGAUCAGCUCGAGCUCAAGUCAGUUAUUAUAUAUAGUUGAACCCUCAAACUAAGCUAUAAUUUAUGAAUUAAAUACACUAAUAUUUGUAUGUCAUUUGUAAUACAUGUGAUUACUAAUUCCAUGUUUAUAUACUCUAUUGGUAUCGUAUUAUUUAGUUCAUAACUUCAUAUAAUGUGGGGUCGUUUGGAUGGAUUCGGAACGAGUCAAUUAAAAUGAGCCAAUUUGAAUUACAUGCCCCGCCCCUAACAAUUGAAAUUGACUCAAAACGGAUAAAUUUGAAAUUAUCCAGGUAAGUUGAUUUAUCCAAAUCUUCUUCUGGAAAACGAGUCAAUUUGGUCCAAUUGUCUCGUUAAAUCCAUUACAAUUCAUAAUCUAAAAUACCCCGUAAUUUCAUAGCAAUUAGUAUUUAAGCAAUUUAUGAUACGUAAUGUCAUAAUCUCUAUUUGGAUUUAUAACCGAAACAUAUUUGCUCACAUUCUCAAAGUCUUAAAUAUCAUAUAAGGUGAGAUAUACAAUUUAACAAACCUAUAAAUUAUCAAGAAACUAACUCAUAAGAUAUUUAUAAGUUUGUUCAUAAGACUGAACCAUUCGAACCUAAAGAAGAUACCGAAGGUAAGGGGUCGGGGAAUUUUUCGCCCAUUCAUAGAUCAGAAAAUCCUGGGGAUAUUUUCAUUCUUUGUCCAUUCUUUCCAGUAUUUUCUAUACCACAGAAAUUAGGAAUAGGGAGUCUCAAUUCAUUCUAUUUCAUCAGAUCCGGGAUGUGAUAUGGUUUUGAAGGAUGAACUGGAUAUGGACAAUUCCAAUAAGAUUUCUUUCUUGAACAAAAACCCAUUUUUUAAUUUCUUUCAUCUAUUCCAUGAUGUUCAAUCAUUUUGUAUCCCUAAAAUCACUUAGGGGUCGUUUGGAUUGAGUAUUUGGGGGUGUUAUUUGAGGUCAAAUAACACAAAAUCUGUUAUUUAACCCCAAAUAACAUGUUUGACUGACAAAAAGUGGGAUGUGUUAUUUGGAUGUAGUGUUUUGCCAAAUAACAGGUUUGAGACCAA